AUGGCAAAGGGAGACAAUUGCCAUAUCCUGGAAAACCCAACUUAUCCUCUGCUAUCUAAAGAUGGAGAUGUAAUAAUUGGAGCUGUCUUUUCAAUACAUGAUGGUACACAGAUGCAGUCACUGCCAUAUAUUGAAAAACCUCAAUCUUUAAUCUGCAUUAGAUUUAACCUAAGAGAAUUGCGCCUUGCUCAGACCAUGACUUAUGCAAUUGAUGAAAUCAAUAGAAGCAACACCCUGCUCCCAAAUAUCUCAAUUGGUUACAUGAUUUAUGACAACUGUGGUUCAAGAAUGUUAUCUAUGAAAGCAGCCAUGGCUUUGAUGAAUGGUCAAAACAUGGAAUCAGAUGAUUCCUGCUCUGGAGAAGCAGUAGUACAAGCCAUCAUCGGAGAGUCAGAAUCUACUCCUACUAUAGCACUUACAAAAACUACAGGACCUUUUCAGAUCCCAGUGAUAAGUCAUGCUGCCACAUGUGAAUGUCUAAGCAACAGAAAAGAGUAUCCAUCUUUCUUUAGGACCAUAGCAAGUGAUUACUAUCAGAGUAGAGCUCUGGCAUAUUUGGCCAAGCACUUUGGCUGGUCUUGGGUGGGAGCUGUGAACAGUGAUAAUGAUUAUGGGAACAAUGGAAUGGCUAUUUUUCUGAAAGCAGCCAAAGAGGAGGGAAUAUGUGUUGAGUACUCUGAGAAGUUUGACCGGUCAGACACUGCCAAAAUCAUGAAAGUGGCCGAUAUUAUUAAGAAAGGCACAGCCAAAGUAAUUAUCAUGUUUCUCGCCCAUUUUGAUAUGAACAUUCUAAUAGAUCACCUAAUUCUAAACAACGUCACUGGCUACCAGAUGAUUGGUGUUGAGGCAUGGGUUACUGCUGUUAAUCUGGUCACACCAGCAAGUUACAACAUAUUGGCUGGAUCCAUUGGUUUUGAUGUGGGAAAAUUAAACAUUGCUAAUUUUGCUGAUUAUGUUGUAAACGAAUUUUGGCAAACAGUUUUCCCUUGCUUGCAAAUGGAGGGAAACAUUUCUGAAAUUGAAAACAACUGCAGAAAAUAUAAAGAUAUGAUUCCGUUUAAAAACUACAAUGAAGACAUAUCAGAAUUAAGAUAUGCAAAAAAUAUAUACAGUGCAGUUUAUGCUAUAGCACAUUCUCUACACAGCCUGUUGAGAUGCAGAGAAAACAUGAGUUGUGAGAAAGGCAAGACAAUACAAUCAUGGCAGGUUAUUGAAGCUCUAAAAAAGGUUAACUUUACCACCAAAUUAGGUGAACAGGUGUGGUUCGACAACACUGGGGCAACGGCUGCAAAGUAUGAUGUGGUGAACUGGCAACGAGGGUUUAAUGGAGAAGUGGAGUUUAAGGUUGUGGGCUAUUACGAUGCCUCACUGCCAAGUGGACAACAGUUUGUGCUAAACACUGAAGAUAUAGUAUGGGCUGGAGAAAAAAAAGAGAAGCCGAGGUCUGUGUGCAGUGAGAGCUGUCCUCCAGGAACCAGGAAAGCUGCACAGAAAGGAAGGCCUGUCUGCUGCUAUGACUGUAUACCAUGUGCAGAAGGAGAGAUCAGUAACCAGACAGAUUCAAAUAACUGUGAGCUGUGUCCAGGAGAAUAUUGGUCUAAUGCUGUGAGAGAUAAAUGUGUGUUAAAGGUCAUAGAGUUUCUUUCAUUUACAGAGGUCAUGGGAAUAAUACUGGUAUUUUUUUCUUUGGCUGGAGCUGCACUUACUGUGCUAGUAGCUGUUUUGUUUCUUAUAGAAAAAGACACUCCCAUUGUUAAAGCCAACAACUCUGAGCUGAGCUUCCUGCUGCUCUUCUCUCUGACUCUGUGCUUCCUAUGUUCACUUACUUUCAUCGGUCAGCCCUCUCAGUGGUCCUGUAUGCUGCGUCACACAGCGUUUGGGAUCACCUUUGUCCUCUGUAUCUCCUGUGUUCUGGGGAAAACAGUAGUGGUGUUAAUGGCCUUCAGGGCUACACUUCCAGGAAGUAAUGUCAUGAAAUGGUUUGGGCCUCUACAGCAGAGACUCAGUGUCCUCACCUUCACUCUCAUACAGGUUCUUAUCUGUGUCCUUUGGUUAACAGUUUCUCCUCCUUUCCCAUACAAAAACAUGAACUACUACAAGGAAAAGAUCAUAUUAGAAUGUAGCUUGGGCUCAGCUAUAGGUUUCUGGGCUGUGUUGGGGUAUAUAGGAGUUCUAGCUUUCCUGUGUUUUGUUUUAGCUUUUCUAGCUAGGAAGCUGCCUGAUAAUUUUAAUGAAGCUAAAUUCAUCACAUUCAGCAUACUGAUAUUCUGUGCAGUUUGGCUUACUUUUAUUCCAGCUUAUGUGAGUUCACCUGGAAAAUUUACCGUAGCUGUGGAGAUAUUUGCUAUUCUGGCCUCCAGUUUUGCUUUACUAUUCUGUAUAUUUACACCUAAAUGUUAUAUUAUUCUGUUUAAACCCGAACUGAACACAAAGAAAAAUAUGAUGGGGAAAAGUACAUCCAAAUCACUUUGA